CUUCUUACCCUAACCCCUCCUCAAUUUCCCGAGUCGAGGCGGCAGACGUCGCCGGUCUUAGCACUCAUUUCCCUCGGUGAGUCUCUCUCGGCCAAACCGAAGUUUCACCUCUUCCUCCUCCCUAUCUCCAAACCGAAGCCACUGACUGCCGCCGUCGACCUCCUCUUCCCGAGUCCGCAAACUGUGUCAGCAGCCGUAUAAACUUCCUAAUCGCCGCUUUCCGAAAAAUACCUCCAGCGCGUGGCAUAAAAUUAGGGUUUAAACCCUAAACCGCAUCCAAUUUCACUUUUUCGCAGAGCCUUGCUUGCAGUCAAUUGUCACCAUCCAAGACAGAGGAGAUGGCGGACGUGGUUCAGUAUCGGAUGGAGCGGAUGGCGGAUGAGCUAGACGACCUCGAGCGGCGAGGCCUCUUCUCCGGUGAAGAGAUUGCUGAGAUUGUUCGCCGCCGUAGGGACUUCGAGUAUCGCCUCAAGCGUCGCUCCCCAUUGAAACAGGACUUUAUAGCAUAUAUUGAGUACGAGAAGCAGCUUGACGCCCUCCGCAGCCUCCGAAAGCGUGCCAUUAUCGGCAAGCUCGCCGACAAGGGUAUUUUCGAAAAGAACAAGAAGAAGAAAUCAAAGAUCUGGAAGAGGUCCUUGUCUGACAUCGCAGGGGUCCUAAGGAUAUUGGAUAUUUACCGGAUGGUCACGAUGAGGUACAGGGGUGAUUUGGAUCUCUGGUUCAAAUACCUCGAGUUUUGCAGAGACAAAAGACAUGGACGGAUGAAGCAGGUCCUAGCACAGGCAAUUAGGUACCAUCCAAAGGUUCCUGGACUUUGGAUCUAUGCUGCAGCAUGGGAGUUUGAUCAAAAUUUGAAUGUUGCUGCUGCUCGUGCUCUCAUGCAGAAUGGUCUCAGGACUUGUCCUGAUUCAGAAGAUCUAUGGCUGGAGUAUCUUCGGAUGGAGCUAACUUAUCUCAACAAAUUGAUAGCUCGAAAAGUUGCUCUAGGAGAUGUUUCAUUGUUGCAACAUAGCAGCAAUGAUUCUGAUCAGUGGAAAGAAGAAAACAAGGAUCUUUUAAUACCAUUUAUUGAAGAGCAAGCAUCAGAUGUGCAUGAAGGUGCUUUGGAGAAAAGAGAAGAACUUUUCUUGCAGCAAGGUGCUUUGGUUCUUCAAACCAUAUACCACGGAGCCAUUGAGGCUAUACCAUUAAGUAUCACCUUAAGACAGAAAUUUGUGGAGAUAUUUGAUGCUGCGAAUAUCACACUUUGUGACAAAUUGAAAGUUGAAGUGUUGGAACAUCUUAAGAAAGAUUUCUUACACAAUGAGGAUUACUGGGACUGGUUUGCUCAAUUGCAAAUUGGUUAUAUUUCAGAUCUGAAUAAUUCUGAAAGUUCAAAACUUCUGACCAAAUUGGACAGAGCUAUUCAGGUGUACGAGGAGGCUUUAAAUAUCUUGCCAACAGCCAAGAUGUUUUCUCUCUAUGCAAAAUUUUUGUUGAAUAUGGUUACCUCUGAUGGAGAAAACUCAAUUUCUGCUCUGAAUAAUAUGUUUGUUGAUGAUCAAGAUGCCAUUUCAUCCAUUCUUAAGCUUUAUGAAAGGGCUGAAUCUAGUGGAUGCUUAAAUGAGGAUCUUGCCUGUCAAUAUGUUACAUUUUACUUGCAAUCCGGGAGAUUAAAUGAAGCAAAGAACCUCGCAAAGAAACUUUGCACUGGUAAACUUGCAGAGGCUACUAACUUGUGGAUUCUGAGAAGUUCCAUUGAGAUCAAAUGUUUGACGAAUAAAUCACUUUCAAUCAGCAAGGAAGAUCUGAACUCUAUCUUCAACCUCCUUAAAGAUGUGCUGAAUAGAUUGCCCAUUUCCAAGACUGAGAAUCUGUGGCUUAUGGUAUUGAAAUUUUUUUCAAACUACAAAGAAUAUUUUCAAAAGCUGUUGAUGAUCUUGGAGACAGCAUUAGGCAAAGCUGGCAGUAGUUAUUCUGGAACUUCGGUUGCCUCUGCUGUCCUAAAUUUGAUUUUUCAAAGAGAGGGUAUUCAGCAAACAAGGGGCAUGUACAAGAGACUUCUAUCUUUACCCCAUCCAAGUGUUAAACUCUUCAGACAUUGUAUCGAACUAGAGUCAAACCUUGGUUUUGUUGGUGAUAAAUUUGCCAUUACAUGUGCUCGAAAUCUGUACAAUUCGGCUUUAGACAUGUACCCUGAGAUCAUGGAAUUGUGGAGAGAGUACUACCUGAUGGAAAAGAAGGCUGGGACAACUGAAUCUGCAAAUGCUGUCUACUGGCGAGCUAAAAAAAUCUCGAAAGACACCAUGUUGCUUGUUGGUACUGACUUGUAAGCUUCUUUAGUUCCAUCUUUGCAUCAGUUGAUGUCACCUUUAAUCCCGAUUACAACUGAGAGGAACUACAUGACGGUUCAAUUAUUUGAGUUUUGUGUCCCCGUUUUCAGGGCAUAUUAGAUUAAAAGUGGUUGGUAUUUUAUUAAUAUUCUUCUGUGUUGUAGUUUGUAUAUUGAUUGAUAUGAUAUGUUCCAAAUACAAAUGUUCUUAGUGCCUUUAAUUCGUGGAAUUGGAAGGCAUACUUGGAGUUGGAAUGAAAUAUGGCAAUCGAAAUGAAUGACAGGCUUUUCUGUGUUUGGUA